AUGACGAAUGGGUGGGCGGCGGGGGUGGGGGGCGGCGCAGCAGGACUUGUUGCGGGCGCGUGCGCGGAGGGCGGAGCGCGGCGCCUAUACCAGCCGCUGUCGGCGCGCCACAGCCGCACUUCGACUCCGACUCCGCAGCCGGCCGGCCGCAGCUCUGCCAUGGCCCUCUGCGCCCGCUCCCUGGUCGCUGUGCUGGCAGCCGCCGCUGCCGUGGCCGCAGCGGCUGCGGACGGCGCUGCUCCCCAGCCCGAGGGCUUCGACUUCGACGCCGACAUGCCUGCCGACGACGAGACGCGCGCUCUCGUGCCCGUCGUAGUCACAUCCCUCGACUUCGCACCUCCGACUUCUUCUGCAAUCAAAGUCGUCAACGCAACCGAAGAUACACUCGAUCUGCUGCUUCUCAACCGCUUCCCGCAGCUCCAAAACCUCAACAUGUCUAAGACUCGAAUGACCACGAUUCGCGGUUCCGGUCGCACUUCUGCUAUGUGCCUGCGCUCCAUGGACCUGUCACACAACACACUGCGCUCCUUCUUCCUGGACCUACCGGCGCUCAGGUUCCUCAACCUCUCCAGCAACGGCAUUCGCGUCAUUUCGCCUACUUCGUUCCUGCUGCCCGAGGUGAUCGAUAUCGACUUGAGCUACAACCAGAUAGCAGUGUUGGAUCAGCACACGUUCAAGGACUCCCCCAAGCUGCAGGUGCUGCGCCUGGCAGGCAACCAGCUCAGCCGCUACGACAACCUGUUGCUGCCACUGGUGAUGCGCAUGCUCGACCUGUCCUACAACAAGAUCGUCACCAUGGAGGAGACCUCGCUGGACGGGCUCAACAUCUCUCGGCUGAUGCUGGGGCACAACGGUUUCCGUUCGCUUCCGCAGGCUGCACUGUCGCGUGUCGGCUACGUGGGGUACUUGAACAUGGACGGCACACAGAUCACCACGCUGCGCCCACGGUCGCUCAACCGAGUCCGCGUGGGAAGCAUCAGCCUGUCCAGGUCCAGCACACUAGCGGAGAUCGACUCACAUGCCCUCACCAGGCUGCCGUUCCUCCGCCAUGUUCGCAUCAGCGAGAACCCCAGCCUCGUCUAUAUCAGCCCAUCUGCCGUUUCCAAGUCUCCCAAUGUCACAUACGUCGACUACUCUAAGAACAACCUCCUGGCCGUAGAAGAGGAGAUGCGCAACGUGCUGCCGAACCUGACCGAGAUCCACGUGGCGGGCAACAACCUAGUGUGCCACUGCGGCAUGGCAUGGCUGCACACGGUGAGCCCGGAGCCGGUGCUGUGUCGCGAGGAGAACGGCACGGAGCAGGCGAUGCCGGAGGCGGCCGAGGAGUGCCCGCCAGUCAUAAUGCCUACGUUCCCGCCUACAAUACUGAAACAGCUGUCGCACAACCUGACGCUGCGCUGCCGCGCCGUGGCGUCGCCGCCCGCCAAGAUUUCGUGGCGCCUCGGCUCCAAGCUGCCCGUGGGCCGGCCGCUGCUGCGCGUGCGCGAGUGCGUGCGCGGCGGCCGCGCCUGUGUCGACGAGGACUCCACGCUCAACAUGCGCUACCUGCACAUUGACGACUCCGGCACCUACUACUGCAUCGCAGAGAACGCGGCUGGCUCCACACGCCGACCAAUGCACCUCGCCGUCAGUGAUGUCCUGGUACGCCUCUACCCGAUCGCCGUCACCUCCAACUUCGUCACGCUCUCCUGGAACAUGACUGGCGGCGGCACAGGACAUUACCUUUUGCGCUACAACAACCAAGUUAUCCGAUUCCAGGUGGGCGUGCGCAUCCACUCCUACACAGUGCACGGGUUGAAGCCGGGCACUCACUACCACUUCUCGUUGUGCAUCGAGCGCGACGGCUACGUGUUCGAGAUUGGCAGCACAGAGCUGACGACUCGCGAGGACGGCUUCAUGCGCACGCUGGGCAUCAAUCGCAACUACUCAACGGCCAUCUCCCUGAGCGUGAUGGCCGGCGCCUUGGCUGCGACUUGCGCCAGCGCCUGCCUGCUACGCAUCUACCGCCAGCGCUCACAGCUGCGUUGCCCGCCACCCACCAACCUUGCCAGUGUCUCCUUCAUCGACAUGCCGGUCGAGUGCUCCAUGGCUUCACCCCCCAGCACCGAAAGCUCCUUCAUAACCAACUACCCGUAACACAUCGCUCUCCCUCGCUUUAUGUGUUUACCCCUACACAGCAUAUGAAUUAAUGUAUUCCUAUGUGUCUUUUCCCUCUUCCCUAAGUGUCGACAGAAUGUCUCCACAAAGCAACACCUAAACAGACUACGAAAUUCACUUACAAAUAGAAAGAUAUUUUUCAAACUUACUAUGACAAUUAACAAAUGUUAUCCACAUAGCCGUGGGCCACAGUACUGAGACUUUACUUCGAGAUUUACAGGUAACGGAAAAAAAUGGAAAAUGUCAAUUUCUCACUCACUUCAAGUCCACAGAAAACCUUUAAUUAUCUUUUAGGGGGUCUUUUCCUUGACCGAACCACGACUCAUUAUUGGCGUUUACACUAUCUACCGAGUGUAGGAAAUGAAACAGGAAACUAAAAAAUACAUGAACGUGGGGAUUUAUUUCCUAUAGCACAAAAAUAUUCAGUUCCAACCGCGACAAAGUAACAUUUUUACGCACAGAACGUUUUCCCUGUAUAUCACUUACUUGUGACAUUUUCGUCGCUAACAUAUGGCGGAAUGAGUGCUUAAAACCAGGAUUAAUCAACGAGCCAAAGAAACAGAGAUAUAGGCGCUAUAAGAGCCGAGGGUUUUGUGUAACAACACGAUCUACCUAGUCCUAAAUAAAUAAAAGUUUAGCCAGUCAUUUUGAGAAUGUAGUGUAUCUGAGUUUCUAUGUCGAAAAAUGUUCCCUAUUUUCGGUAGAAAAUUUGUUGUUUAUCGUCAAUAUGCGACUGCCGUAGCGUUGUCCAUGAAUGUUACAACCUUUUAAAAAUUGUUUUCUCUCUGCUUUAAGCUAAACCGACCAAAUAAUAAACUCUUGUGUGUAAGAGGCUGCGUUAUAUACUUAUAUUUUGCAGAUCUAUCUCUGUAUAUAUAUUUAUAUAAAUAUAAACUAUAUUUUUGUCUAGAACACAUUCGAAAAGUAUCCCUUCCCGGGAAGUGUAACAGCCAAUGAACUUGAAUUGUUGCUUUAUUUCAGGGCAGUAUAGAUGUGUGCAAUUUGCACGGUUGUACGUAUGUCUUCUUCAUAGUUCUCGGAAUUAAAGGAAUUUUAACUAUUAUAGACACAGUUAAGAAAUGGAGAAGAAAAAUUGCCCAAUUCUCUGACCAGUCCCUGAUAUUUAGAUCUCAAACUUAAUCGUAUGUCUAUGUUAACCAGAACUUUUAAGUGAUAGUACUUAAAAAUACGUAUUCCGUAUUCUGAUACUUACCUUUACUGCAAAUAUUCCACCGUCACUCUGCUUAAUAUCUGUUCCAGAAGCCGCUGGUAAACCGAAGUAAUGCAUAAGCUGUACACACUAGCGUCUAGAUGACCGAACACGUCGCCUUUGUGAAAAAUAUCAACAUACCCUUAAAACGUAAGCGUACAUCUUCGAAGAAAUUCAAGAUAUAAUUUUCAUUAUUCUUUAUUCGUACACCAAAAUUAAAAGAUGGAAAAUUAUACCGUGCUACUUCUGUUGGCGAUUGUAUACAGGUUUUCUCUUCUGAUUUACUGGACAGGUUGUUGAUUUUGGUCACGUUCAGUGCAAGAACAUUAUUUCUCGCGGUUCAGAAUUUUCCUUAUAGAAAGCAACAUCUAGCUAUGAAGCAAAUAAAUUACUUUUAAUUGUCUUGUCGCUAUGGAAUAUCAAUCUUCGAAGAACGCUUUUCUACUUCUCCGUUAGCAGUUCCUACUAUACUUCGCUGGAGUAGAAAAAGGGUCAUUAAUUUUACUACUAGCUUUCGUUAAGUUAGUUUUCUAUGAGAAGAAAACGUGCUCCCUAACUCGCUAUAAAGAAAUUAACAUGAAACAUUCACAUCUAAUUUUUAUAAUGGUCUCAACAUUUCGAUUAUAAUUCUUGAUUUCGUUAUAAAUGCAGAAUUCCCGAACGCAUACACUACCAGGUGGACACGCUGCACUACCAAUCCCUUGGAAAUAACUUUCAUUCUUCCUGACUAACCGAGACUAUGCAUUGUAAUGAAUUACAUGCAUUAGGUACUUAUAUUUCGCAAUAGCUGACAUUAAAAAAUUUGCAUAUGAUUCUAAAGAACCGACGCAGGAGUAUUGCUGUAGACAAUGGUGACGCUAUCGAAAUUCGUCAUGCCUAUGAGCGACCUCUUUGAAAACGGUGAACCUUAUACUGAAGUAUUCCCCCGCUCCUAAAACGAUAUUUGAACGACCGUCGACUGAAAGUUGAUAAUAAUUGUGCAGCGUAAGACUAUUUUUCGAUGCAACUACUUAGAAAGUACAAUAAAUUACAUCAGGCAUUUUAUGUACUCACAUAACCGUCCCUCCGGCCUAAAAUUCAGAAACGUCAAGAAUUCGGAGUACUUUAUCUGGCAUUUACGAAAAGGCUUCUUCCAUAAAAUUGUUAUUAAGAAGUAACUAGUACGUUUCCUGGAAGACUUCGGGCAAUAGUCUCCAGAUUAAGGAUUUGUAGACUUUAACGAAUAAAAUAAUUUUUAAGAGAAAAUAAACUAUUUUCCGCAGUAGCUUCCUUUUGUAAUGUCGCAUAGCAUGUCAAACAUGUUCUCUACUGUAUUUAUAAACUCAUGUUAUUGGCACAAGCCAUAUCUACUGGGAAAUUUAACUUUCAGACUAAUAACUGCAUUUAUAUUGAGAUAAUUAUCCUAAUGUAUUCCUAUCAAAAUAAAACUCUUUAUAUUUCGGAAGACCCUAAAAUUCCUCACUACGAUAUCAAUAACGAGAGCGUUUUUUCUAUUUUCCUUACGUAUAAAAAAAAGUGGAAUAGAUGUAACUACACAGCACCAUCCCCACCUCCUUUCACGCAUCACACACUAUUCCCACAGCACUCACUUUCUUCUCCACCCAAAUAGUCGAGCAAGGUACUGCCUGCCUUUUUAUCUACUACAUGGCGAGAACAACAGAGUACUGUUAAAAAUUAAUUAAAUGGUCUCUUGACGAUUCAUCUAAGAACAAAUAAUUUACGCGUUUUUUUGGUGCACGUUCCAUUUUAGUCAGAAACCACAGAUCACUAAAACUUGUCUACACGAACAUCAAAGAAAUUUUAAUUUUUAACAGUAUUUUUGAACUACUACUGUUUGAGAUCAUUUUAUUGCAUCGUAUAUUUAACGUGCAAAUGUAAUUACUCAUAAUCUGAAUUAAUGUAACACGAAACUGCUGAAUGGACAACUUCAUACAGUCUGCUGUACAUCUCCGAAAAUAUACGAGGGUUGUCCAGAAGUAAGUUCCGAUCGGUUGCGAAGCGGACACCACAGUGAAAACCCGAUGAAGCUUUGAGCGGCGAAGAUGUAGAGAAGUAUCUGGAAAGUGUAGCUAACUGUUGCAAAUGAAAUGUUUCUGAUUUUCACUGUGGUUUCCAUUUAGCGACCGUUCGGAACUUACUUUCUGGACAACCCUCGUAUUCCCCAGUGGGUUCCACUCAAACAUAUCAUCAAUUCCCGGAGUUUUAAAUUAAUACAUUCCUAUACUAAAUGAUAUUUAUUUACACUAAUAAACGAAGGGAAUUUUUUCUCACUACGUACUCUAAGGAAGUCCUCUUCCGUUAAGUCAUUCCGUGGCAUAGUUAUAACACGAGCAAAUUUUUAAAUAAAUCUUGACAUUCUUUUGUCACGAGAUGUGUGCGAUAUGAUUCAAACGACUUACAAGUUUUAACUCCAUCGCUCAAACAUUUUAGUGGUGACGCAAUGCACCUGCAUACUGAAAAACCUGAAGAAAGAGGAAAACAGAGCUACACUAAUAGGCGAAAAGUUAGGCCAACUUUUUAGUUAGGAAUCUGUUCUGGAUCUGAAAAUGUCUUUGCGAAAUCGUAAGUAAACUAGGUUUUGAAAUGAUUACUAGUUUCCUCUAGCACGUGAAGAAACGAAGUACCUUACGUACUUUUCUGGGCCCUUCGUCCCAUAACCAAAUGCGACUGACAGCGAACUGUCGUAAUUUUCAGUAUGUGUUGUCAACUAAGUACAGGAGUUCACGCGCCAUUCGAGUAGGAAGGAUUCUAUUCUCUACGAAGAAACAAAAUAAUUAAAAUUAUAGAAAUAAACAUAGUCAAUUAAAAUGAGUGCAAUUUAGAGAUGUGUGUUUACUGUCUAGUGGUCACGACGCCUGAAUUUAUCUUAAUAUAUUUUGAGAGAGAUCCCGCUGGUCCUGUGUACUGGAAGCACCGGCAGACCUCAGUUUACCAGCAUUUAUGAACUUUUUUGUGAAUGGUUCUAACUCAAUUUGCAGCCUGAAACAGUUACUAAUGAUUAGGAGUUCAAAACACUGAAUUAGUUUAAUGAUUCCUGUCUACACAGAAACGUUGUGUUUAAUAGCAACUGAUAAUAGCAGAUGAAACCUUCAAAGAGGAAAUUUUCCUAGCAAAAUAAAUGAGACUGUCCUCUGACACAUUUAUUAUUUUCUUGCGAUUUAAGGAAGCGUAGGUAAUGAAGCAUAGAGAGAGUCAAAAUAUGGUUCUGGAAGUAAAUAUAAAUAUGUCAGCUGCUGAUAUCGUUCUAAUUAUCAACAUUGUCAGAUAUACAAAAUCUAGAAGUAUUAUAUCGCCUAUGAAAUGGCAUGUUUCUAUCUGACAAUUCAUCGAUUUUUUGAAUCCUAGUGUUCUAUUUCCUUUUGAGUGCAAGCUUUCAGUUAUUUUCAACCUCGGUAUUACGUCUGUCCUGUCACUCACUUCUAUGUUCGUCGUCCCAGUUACACUACUGUUAGGUUAUCGUUCUUCAUGUUUGCGAUGGGUGUAUAUGACUGGCUGGCUUACAUUGGUUACAAAAAUCAUCCCGAACAAAUUCUGCUUGCAACCACAGACAGUAAACAAGAAAUUGUAUGUGAAUCACCGUCUUCAGCCAUUGAGGCACUUGAACAUAGAAAUGCUGUAUUGAAUUUGAGUACCCAUCUCGUCUGCACCAGCAAUAUAUUCACUUUCAGUCUAUAAUGUAGUUUUACCUAUUGUUAGCAUCAUUGUACUAGAGCUUGAAGCACAUGAAUGUCUAUUCGCAAUAGUGUCCUGUUUAUCUUCACAGUAUUCACCCAGUAACCGAGAGGAAUAUUCCUGAAAAUCAUUCUUAGUAGUAAAUACGUGAUCACUGAAACUCAAGUAUAUUAGCAAAUUAUUUAUCAUAGGUCAGGACCAAAUUAUUUAUGCUUGAUCCAGUGUGAAAAAAUGAUAGUUCUUUCUCCUUCUACGUUUUGUUUAGCUAAUGCUUCUUCUUGUCCACCUCCUCAUCUCCGUCUUCCAAUUUCUUCAUGUUCUUCACCUGUUUUCCUUUAGUUUUAUUUCUCCCGAUUAUUUAAAUAAAUUACCUUUAGAGAGAGCACAAUUCGGAAAUACGCAAUAUCGUAGAGCUUUUAGUGGAUGAAAAUAACUAUGUCCGAUGUACUUGACAGAUGUAAAGUGAGCUGGUUCAGUCGACAUUAAAACUCCUUAAAUGUCUCACGUUUUUAACCUAAAGAAGCGACACAAUUUUAUGCUCUUGUGGAGAUAUAGAUAAUUUGAUGUUUGUUCAGUAUUCCAUAGCACAAGGUGUUUCUAUUUCUCUUUAAAUAUAUAUAUUCAUGUAUGAGUAUUUAACAAACUUAUUUAAAGGCCAAUAUGCUUUGAGAGACUCUGUACUUACAAAGAAGUAUUAAUAAAGAGUUUCUCACACACUUCCCUUCUAUGUCUCAAAGGUAGGGUCCAAUACUCAAGAUGCACUGAAGAUAUGCAUAUAAAUAUUACAAUCAACAUGAAGUAUAUAAAUGAUAUCCUGAAUAUUAUAUUUGUGUAUGUAUUUCGACGUAAACUUCUAACAUGUUUCAAGAAAAUGGAUGUUAACAGUUUUCCUAAUGAUGCUGAACAGCUGAUUGUGAUAUGACUUGGUUUUUUUUUAAUAUGAUGGUUUUGAUAUGGUCUUUUUAGCAUUCUGCAGCAAGACUAAAUAGUUAAGUGUCGGUCAAGGCAUAUAACUGGCUCGCUGCUGAUCUGCUAAAAGACACAAAGUUGAGAUUGCUGCAUCUGUAUUCCAUAUUAUUGUAUAAAUGUCUAUGUAUUCUAUCAAUAAAGAUGUCAGGCAACUA